AGGAACCAUGAAGGUUCACUCUGACACCACCGGGCCAGACAAGGAGCCGAUGAAUCCGUUCAGACGGUUCAUCGAAAAUCGAUUAAUUGGCAAAUCAGAUUCGGCUGAUUUCACGGAAGCAUGGAAACAAAAAUUCAGUCAUGCACCAACAUGGUGUGAUGCCGACAUGUCUUUACAACAAAUUCGAAGGGGAGUGGCCCGGGGUAACAGGAUAGCCUUGUAUUCUAGAGCAUUCUUUCAACAGUGCCUAUUCAAAAUUGGUUGUUUCGUACAACGAUGGGCAUGGCCAACUGUUAUUGUAUCGUUACUUAUCUAUACAGCUUGUGUUGCUGGUCUUAAAGAUGUUAUCAUUGAGACGGAUAUUGUCAAACUAUGGGUGUCACAAGGAGGUCGCCUAAAUGAAGAGAUCAAUUUCUUAAACGAUGUAAAAGCAGGAUCAAGAAGGAUAACAAAACGAGAAGCAAUUGAGGACGAAGUACAUGUGAGGAUAAAAAGAGGGCCCGAGUUACCGCGAGAAAAUGGACUUGGUGGAGGAUUUCAGGUUGUCAUCCAAACCCCUGUACAUGCUAAUGAAAAUGUUCUCUCACAAGAGUCACUUUUACGGCAUGUGAAGCUCAUGGAAGAGAUCUCAAGAUAUGAGGUGGAUGUGCAUGGAGAGAAAUGGACACUCAGCGACAUUUGCUUCAAACCGCCAGGCCCGAAUUUCAACUCCGGUCCUCUAGCCAAGUUGUUGAAUACUCUGCUUGAUAAGAUCAUCCCUUGUAUUUGGAUCACACCCAUCGACUGCUAUUGGGAGGGCGCAAAACCGCUGGGACCGUAUCCACCACUGAAUCUUGGGGAAGAAGUGAGUGCCUUUGUCUCAUCACUUCCAAAAGGCAAUGUCACAUGGAAAAAUCUUAAUCCUACCGCUGUAAUGAGCGAAGUUGGAGCACUGUUCGAUCUCGGUCCUAUAGGAAACUUCUUCGAAAGAGCAGGAAUUGGAGCCGCAUACCUCGAUCGUCCUUGCAUCGAUCCUUUGGAUGCCGAAUGCCCUGAGUCAUCGCCGAACUAUUUCGAUAGAUGCGCAGCCUUGGAGAAGUUCAACUUGUGGAAUAUGGGCAAGAGCGAUUCUGAAAAAAUCCAACUCGAGAAGAAAGAGCUACCCAAAGAAAGUAAUGCAGACCCUGCAACGACACUGCUUGAGCCACUUCUGAACGAUUUAUUCGGUCGUAAGAAGCGUGAUGUCGAAACAACAACAAAGAAAGAUGACGAUUACUACGCUUAUGAAGAUGGAGAUUAUGAUGUGGCUAGUGUCAAUGUAUCUCACGCGAAAAAUAAGAAGGAUCCCAAGGUGACUAUGUGUUUGGAGUACGGAGAGUCACUGCUGCAUUGGAUGCGCAAAAACCCCGAUCGUUGGGGAGAGUUUUUGACCGAGAAGGAGUUCCCAAAAAAUCCAGAUUUUAAGAAGGUGAUGACCGGUGGAUGCAAAGGCUUUGGUAAGACUAUCAUGGAAUGGCCAGAAGAUCUGAUUAUCGGAGGAAUCAAACGAGAGCAAGGCAUGUUGCAAAAAGCUGAAGCACUUCAGAGUGUAUUCCUUGUAGCCGGCCCAUUUGACGUUUUUCUUCGGUUCAAGGACAAGAAAGAAACUCAUCCCAACCUUGAUACAGCAUCUUGGAACCCCAGAUGGGCAGAAGACGUCGUCAACACUUGGCAAAGAAAUUUCACCAGGAAGCUCUACGAUCAUGAAGCUAACAAAAAUCCGGAAGAAAACCGUGUGUUCCAUCCUUUGGCCUCCACUUCAAUAGCUGACAUGCUCGAAGAGUUCUCCCAAUUCAACUACUUUAUCAUUGUUAUGGGAUAUGUGCUUAUGAUAAUCUACGCUGCCUUUACCCAAGCUCGAAUCGAUGGACGUUGGUUGGCUAUAAAGUCCAAUGUUGCUCUUUCAUUUGUUGGUGUACUAUUGGUCACAUAUUCUUCAAUUUGUGGACUGGGUGUAACUACAGCAUUGGGAAUCCAUUUCAAUGUCGCCACCACACAAAUUGUUCCGUUCCUUUCACUCGGUCUGGGAAUUGAUGACAUGUUCCUUUUGCUGCACAACUACGAUGAGAUUAUUCACACCUCUAGAAAGAAUGAAAUGGGAAUUCUGCUGAAAGAGACCGGAAUGUCCGUCAUGGUAACUUCCAUCAACAAUAUCCUUGCUUUUUGCGCCGGAUACAUUCUGCCAAUCCCAGCAUUGCGAUCUUUCUGCUCUCAGACCGCUGUUCUCCUCCUUUUCAACCUCAUUUCUCUGAUGUUCAUAUUCCCUGCAUUUAUCGGAUUAGAUCUACGUCGUGUUCGAGCCGGAAGACGAGAUCUCGUCUAUUGUGGACCGGGAGAGAGCGAAAAGGAAGAAAAAUCCUCAAAUGGUCUACCAUGCACUGAAUCUUCUAAGGCCGACCUGACAAAUCCCGCAUUUAUCGAGUAUACCAGAGAUCAGCCUUGGUAUACUGUAGGAGGAUUCCUUACCAAUUAUUACAUUCCUGCUUUGAAACAGAAGUUUGUAAAGAUCGUUGUCGUGUUGAUUACCAUCUGUGGAGUAAUAUUUGGUUUGUACGGUAUGCAUAGUUCCAAACUGGGUCUCGAGUUAGCUGAUGUCUUGCCAGAGAAUACAGCACCAGCCGCCUUCAUGAGAGCUCGUGAAAAGUAUUUCUCCUUUUAUCCUAUGUAUGCUGUGCUCCGCGGUGGCUCUAUUGACAUUCCGAAUCAACAAGCCCAGAUUGAAGAAUAUAGGAAAGCACUAGGUGAUACCAAAUACGUCGUAAAAGCUAAUGGCAAUCUUCAACCAUACUGGAUGUCAAUGGUCCGAACCUGGUUGGAAACUUUGGAUGUGGCACUUGAAAAAGAGCUCAGGGCCGGGAACAUGGAUCCGGUAACUGGAAGGCCAGUCAAGGGAAAGGACAAGCCGGCUCCCGAAGCACUUAUCGCCCGUAAACUGGUUUGUUCGUAUGGCCAUAAAUUCAACUGUACUGGAAGGAUAGGCCAUAUAAAACUGGUUGAAAACGGAACCAUUCGGCCGGAGGGUUUCUAUAACUACUUGACGGGUUGGUACAACGUGGACAACAUGAUGUAUUACGUCUCUCAAGCAUCUUUCUUCCCAACUCCACCUUCCUGGCAAAUGGGACCGGAAGACAAAGUUGUCCCACCAGCUCAGCCACUGCUCUACAGUCAAAUUCCUUUCUAUCAGACUAAUCUUACGGAUACACCAGUGAUUGUUGAUAUGAUUGAGGAAGUGCGCGAAGUUUGCGAGAGGUAUACCGCAAACGGACUUUCAAAUUUCCCAUCAGGAAUUGCCUUCACCUUCUGGGAGCAAUACCUCUCUUUGAGAUGGAAUCUGUUCUGUGCCAUCUGUAUCAUCGCAUUUGCUGUGUUCGCUGUCAUUUCCAUAAUGAUGUUCAAUCCAUGGGCAGCUGCUAUGGUGAUGGUUAUCGUCGUGAUUGUUACCAUUGAGCUUGGAGGUUUCAUGGGUAUAUUAGGUGUGAAGAUGAAUCCGAUCUCUGCCGUCACUCUCAUCUGUGCUGUCGGAAUCGGUGUCGAAUUCACUGCCCAUGUCGUGCUAGCCUUCCUAACCUCUCUGGGUUCUAUCGACGAUCGUCUUGAGUCAUGUUUGCAGCAUAUGUUUGUGCCCGUGUUCCAUGGUGCCAUAUCCACCUUACUCGGAAUCGUCAUGUUGAUAUUCUCCGAGUUCGACUUUGUCAUCAAAUACUUCUUCGUUGUGAUGACGAUGUUAGUGCUUUUGGCGGUAUUCAACGGUCUUUGCCUGUUACCAGUGAUGUUAACACUUAUUGGACCGGAGCCAGAGCUAGUGCCAAUUGAUGGCUCAUGCCGAUUACCAGCUCCUCCUCCACUGAGUGAACAGAGGAAGAAGAAAGCCGCUAUGGGAAUUGAGAACGGGUUAAGGCAUCGGAAGGGAGCCGAUGUCGAAAUGUCGGCGAAAAGAGCUCGCAACGAUGAUGAUGAAUCUCCGAAAAAGCUCUAGUGACGAGUCAAUUAUCCUAGGACAAAUUGUAAUCGUAUAUACUUAUUGUUGAUACAGAUUUUUCUUUCUUUUGCAAACGUUUUAUCUUGCCUUUUAUAUGUUUGCCAAUGUAUUUGCCUCCACGGGUAAAAGUCAAGUGUUGUGUAAAUGUCUCAAGUUUUCUUCUUCUGCCUGAACAAGUAAACUUAGAGCUAAAACAAAGAGUACAAUUUAUUAGGCUUUGUACUCAAAAUCAGCAGGUAGUUGUUCAAUUUUCGACGGUGAACUAUGUUUACUUGAAGCAGAGUUUUCAUUUUUUCUUUUUAUCAAAUGUUGUUUCUGUUGCAGAAAACACCUCAUUUGAUUGAUAUGUUUGUAUCUUUAGUUACUGCAAGAAUUUUCUUUCUACUUCUUCCUCUGUCAAGGUACUGAGCUCGCUCCACAUAUUUAUUGUGCCUUCUAGUACUGAUCUGAUGCUUCAACUUGGCUUUCGUGACACAAGAUUCUUCUUUGAAUAAAGAGG